AUGUCUGGGGAUGAAGUGCUCGACAAGUCUCUUGUAAACAAGUUCUUUAAGUAUGCAAGAAUGCAAUCCAACAACAAAAGAUGUGCGGACUGCAGCAACUCAUCCCCUAUAUGGGUGACUGUGACCUAUGGAUUCUUCAUAUGCACAGAAUGCGCUGCAAAACAUAGGGAGCUUGGAGUUGGGAUAACCAAGGUGAAAUCUACUAUUCUGGAUACAUGGAGUCUUUCCGAGCUUCGAAGAGUGUAUGUGUCUGGAAACUCCAAUGCUCCGAAGCUUGGAAAAGACACAGACCUUCGAGCCAAGUACACAAAAGCCAAAUGGUAUUCCGAUGCUGUUAGUGAGCUGUCUGAGAAAAACAAGGAGGAUGAGCCAGGGAUCUCUUUCAUUGAAAAUCUGACCAAGAGAAGCGAAAGGGCUUUAGAGCCUCGGAAGGUAGAGGAGAAGAAAAUGCCUAAGUUUUCGGACUCCAAUGCAAAGUAUGUGGAAGAAAAGAACACAAUGAGCGAGAAACAGCCAGACCUCCCAAGGGAACCUAGAGAUAAGAUAAACAAACCUGUAGCCAUCAGGAAAAACUCGUUUCCGUCUCUCCAGACCUCCCAAACAGAGGGAUUCAACGUCGAGGAUAGAGGGUCGGAUGUCAGGAAGCUUGGUUUUGGAGCAUUGAAGGUGCAGAAGCGUAGCGAGGACAACUUUUCUUCCGAGCAAGGGGAUGUUUCCAAAAUGUAA